AUGGCUGAAUAUCGAGCCAGAAACUCGAUGGAUGGACAACCUACAAUCCAUCAAAUAUCGAAUAACGCCUGCAAUUCUAAUUUGUUCAUCUCAUGGCAACCACAUAUAAAUGCUGUAGGAUUCCCUCACAAGAUCGAAGUAAGUCCGACCACAGGUGGAUCAACAAGAUGGGCGAAUUCAACAACAUCUGAGAAUCAAGAAACCACAAUACCCGGUUUGUCGCCAACCACAACCUAUCAAAUCAAGAUAACUGCAUGUGUAACAAAAGAUAAUUGUCCAUCCAAAUAUUCCGCCACAGAAAGCGAAAAAACAGGGGGAGCAACGUUGUCUGCUGAGUCUUCGUCUACUAAACAGAUCAAGGAGAAUCAAACUUGUGUCAUCGAUUGGACAUUUCCAAACAGUGCAAAGAUUGGUGGCACGUAUAACGUUGAAGUUAACUUAACUUCGUAUUUGGCUACGUCCCGAGUUUCCAAUAAGCAGUCAACAUACAACUUGAUCAAUGUAACAUCAUCGUUGCCGCAUUCCUUUCAACCAGACCCAAAUCGCAAUUAUUCAGCUUCGAUAAAAAUAUUCAAUUGUGCCGGAGCGAGUCAAUCAAUCGAUUCUGGUGGACUUUGCACUGGAAGACCAAAAGCACCUGUAGAAGUAUCUUCACUUCAGCCUGUUGAAAACAAUGUUAUAAAUGAAAAUGGAACUAAAGAAAUGACUUUGCCGCGACCAGAUGAAACAAACGGACUCGUGAGUUGCAUGUUGGUGCUCGUUCGGAAAACUGGAUCGGAGGUUGCUGCUAAAGUUUCAUUGGACAAUUUGAAAGAAGUGAACAAAUCUUCAGAAGACGGAGAAUAUAUUGCAAUGGCCAUACCAGUCACAGGAAUGAACGAGCAAGAAAUGAAAAUCAUUCUCGGAGACGAAUCUGAGUCAUCAUGUGACGCAAACGAUACUGGUAUUAAUAGUUCAAGGAAAAGGAAGAAACGAUCAACACAGAACGGAAAUGUAUUUGUUGGACAAAAUAAUAGAUUUAUCAAAGGAGAAAAAUACAAAGUUUCAGUUGUGACUUCCACACCAUCUGGUGAUGAAGUAUACUUCUUACGGAGCCCGGAAAUUACUUUGAAAUGGGCAACAGAAGAUGGUACAGGCGGUGAAAACGGCGGAACACCCAGCUGGAUAUUUGCUAUCAUUGCCGUGGUCGUGCUUAUUCUCAUAGUUGGAAUUAUAAUUAUUAUCAUAAUAAUGAAAAAAAGAAAAAACAAUCAAGCAACGAAGACCGAAGUUCAGCCGUCUGGAUUUGACAAUCCUGUUCCACCGACACCGAACAUUGCUUCACAUGCCAGCAACGAUGCCCCAAGAGCCCCGCCAGCUGUACAGCCACGAAGACCAACUGCUAAUGAAGUACAUAUAGAAGAAGGACAAGACGCUUAUGUGAACUAUGUGCCGAAAAAAGCUGAAAGAAAAACAGAAACAUCAAUUUCUAUUUCUGACUUGGAGAAGAUUUACAACUCUAUGAAGGCCAGAGAAAACAGACUGUUUUUGGAGCAAUUUCAGAAACUUCUCCAAGAGGCAGCAAGAUAUGGCGGAACAAAAAAGUUUGCGUCCAAUGAGGCUUUGAGGAAGAAAAAUCGAUAUAAAAAUAUACUGCCAUUUGAUGAUACCCGAGUUCCGUUAACCGGGGCGAAAUCUGGCUACAUCAACGCCUGUUUCAUAAAUGGCCACAACGUACGACACAAAUACAUUGCAACACAAGGGCCUCUGCCCGAUACCGUUGGUGACUUUUGGCAGAUGGUAUUAGAGCAACAAAGUAAAGUAAUCGUCAUGUUGGCAAAGGAGAUCGAAGCAGGAAAAAAAAAAUGCCAAAAGUACUGGCCUGACGCCGGGAAAAAGCUACCGAUAGGAGACAUAGUAAUUGAAAAUGCACAAGAAGUCAAUUACAGUGCUUUCAUGAGACGGGUUCUCGUUGUGAAAUCAAAGCAGAAUAACAAAAGCUUGACCGUAUACCAAUAUCAAUUCCUUAAAUGGCCUGAUCAUGGGGCUCCUCAGACAACAUCGAACUUGCUCAGAAUGCAUCAAGCGGUCUUGAAAAGUUGUCAAGAACUAGAAAAUGAUUCUCCCAUCGUUGUACACUGCAGUGCUGGAUCUGGACGAACCGGAACCUUUAUUGGAUACGACAUUCUACUCGAUGAAAGUAAUUCCAAGCGAUCAAUUGACGUGUUUUCUUGCGUUCUCAACAUGAGAAGGCAAAGAGUUGAAAUGGUGCAAACUGCUGAUCAAUAUAUCAUUCUUCACAAACUUGUCUUGGAAACAAGUCUGUUUGGUGACAAAGACUUAUCUACUGAUGAAGCAAAGAAUAAGUUAGAAAUGAUGAAAAGUUCUGGCAACGCUCAAUCAAGUUUGAGAAAAGAAUUCGAUGAUCUCAGCAGAAUACAUCCGAUGAAAGAUUCAAAACUGACUGGGAACGAGCAUAAGAAAACGAACCGAUCGAUGAAUAUAGUUCCGUAUGACUACUCUCUAGUAAAACUUGCAAUGGAAGCUGGUGAAACGAAACUGCCAUUUGUGAAUGCUUCCUGGGUUGAGAGUUAUGACGAGUCGAGUCCAAUGAUCGCAUCCCAAGGCCCAACUUCAUCAAACAUUGAUUUAUUCUGGAGAUCGAUUCUAGAUAACAACGUGAAUACCAUCGUUAUGUUGACGGAACUGAAAGAAGGGCGUGAGGAACAAUGCGCGCAGUACUGGCCGUCAAGUGCUGGGGAAGAAUUGAAACUGCAAAACAUGAAAGUAACUCUCGCCGCAGAAGACACUGACGCGAUUGCUGUAACAAGAAAAUUGAAGAUAGAUCGGGGAAUACAAUCGAGAUCUGUGACCCAGUUUCAUUACACCGGAUGGAGAUCAACAAGUUGCCCUGAAGAUGCCAGAGGAAUAAUCGAUCUUGUGAGUAAAAUGCAGAAGAAUAUUCGAUCCACUGGAAAUGGAGCAGCCCUGAUACAUUGCAGCAACGGUAUCGGUAGAACUGGUGUAUUCUGUGCAGCAGUGAAUCUGAUAGAUCGAUUGAAAUGUGAGAAUCGAGUUGAUGUUUUCAGAACUGUGAAAGAUCUCAGAGAUGGAAGACCAAAUAUGGUGGAAAGUUUGGAUCAAUACAAGUUCUGCUAUCAAGCAAUCAUCGAAUAUCUGAGAUCCUUCGAUCUUUAUUCAAACUUCUAAACGUCGCAUCGUUUGAAUGGGACGGCAUGUAAUCACUGGACUUACUUAUUGAUUCUCAAAUUUUUCAAGCUUCGCCCCAUUUUUAGAACUUGAAAAGUCUUUACGUACAUCUCAAAAAUAACUAGAUGAUAAUAAGCUACAAAUAAGAUAUAGAAAAGCGAAAGUAUGUUUUAUUCAGAAACAGGUUGAAAAUACGUGAAUGGAACGUAAAUAAUGAUAUACGAGAAAAAUUUUGAAAACAAGCAAAAUUUGUUGUAAUUUAUAUUAGUGCAGUUGUUUUGAAAAAUAAAAAAUAAAAAUAAAAAAAUAAUAAAAGGGACGUCAAAAUAUAACCUCCGACGUCAACUUAUGCUUUAAUAUUCCAAAAGACCAGGUAUUCUCAUCUAAAUAUGUUGUGUUUGUACCUUCUUAAAACAUACUAAAUGCAUAAUUCUGUACCAUUAAUCAGAUUUUUAUUAUGUUUUGUUGUGAAUAACUGUACUAUGUAGCGUUAGUAAACUAACCACUGCCUUUUCCAUAACGUUAGAUUUUUGUAUUCAUGUCUGACUGUAAAUCUUAUGCUAUGCCUUUGUUUACUUGCCACUGUUAAAAAUAUAACUAGACUAUGCAUUGUCAAAAUUUUAUGCAACUUUAUGCAUCGUAUAAACUAAGUUAUUUUGCUUCUACUACUCUACUUAGAUAAGAAAAUGUUUGAUGUUGAUUGUAUUAACAAGUUGUAGAGUGUUUGAAUUAUUUUCGGAAUUAUUAGUUCAGAUAUUCUUGAUCUUACUAAAUAUUGUUUUUAUUGAAAUGCAAUAUGGUUGCACAGUAUAUACUAUGUACUAUAUUUAAUCAAUGCUCAGUUCGUAUUUUCCUAGCUUUUUACCCCAUGAUGCGCACAUAAAAAAUAAGCAAAAAUUAGUUUUGGGUUUCAUUAGUGAAAAAAAUAUUUAUUUACCCUGAAUUAUGUUUAAUGUUAUUGCGUGCUUCAUGGACAUCUUAUAGGACAUAAGACAUCUUCAGGUGUCAAAAUGAAACAGAUAUGAAUUAGGUAUACAAAAUAUUAUUUUCUGGAAUAUCAUGGCACCAACUCAAAUAACCUUCCAAAAGAUACUCUUAGGUAUUGUAUUGUGUCAAAACAAUUUCCUUAUUUUCAAAUAUAUUGAAAAUAAUAUUAUUUAAAAGCAAUAUUAUACGUAAUAUAUAUUAUAUAAUUG